CUUGUGAUGUCAUGACCCGUAAUAUCAAAACCAGAAAUCUGCCGCGAGAGAAUCAUGCUAACCUUCCUAAUCUUUUACUCUUAAAAUAAAAGUGCAGUUUCUUCCAUUUUUGUGAAGCAUUGGAGUGUAACUUGUCGCGCGGAUGUGGCUGUCAUGCAGGCAGUAGGUCUCAUUUUAUUAACUAAAUAAAUAUCUAGAAAAUGGAUGAAGAAGAAGUAUUUGAAGAUACUGUAUCUGUGACAUCAGAACCAUCAAAGCGUGACAAAGAGUAUAUAAGUCUUUCACGCUUUACUGUCUACCAUAGUGCAGAAGACAUUCCAUUGGAAGAACAAGAAGAAGCUGAUGGUGAUAAGGCAGUCACUGCAGAGAAUUGUAGACUAAUGGACAAACCUGCACAGUUCAGCACCAGUGACGCAGAAGACAAGAUUCCCACAAUGUCAAUUAAUGGACGUUCAGUGGACUUCGUACUGGUGUGGCAAGAAGAAGGAAGCAAAGCAGCAUCUAGUGCUGCAGCAAAUGCCAAGAUAAAACGAGAGAUCUUUGAAAAACAUUUGGAAGAAGAAGGUCUGAUUCUGGAACAUGAAAAAGUGAAGCAUUUGAAUUUUGUGAAAAUACAUGCUACUCAUGAAGUGCUGUGCCGUUAUACUGAAAUCCUGAAACUCCGUAUGCCAAUGAAAGAGUUUGAUGGUACAUACUUAGAGGAACCUUCAUUUGACAUAAUGCAAGAAGUCAAAUCACUUGUGAAGCGUGCCUUAGAGUUUGUACGAGUGGACCCCAAAGUGUUCAAGCCAGUGGAACGAAAGUUAACUGCAGAGUUUAGUCGAGAUAAAGAAUAUUUAUUUGAUGUUGAUGCACCGAAUUUCUUCACACCUGCAGUAAGGAUCCUAGUUGUUGAUUUUAUUUUACAGCGGCAGAAAUUUUCUGAGGAUUCUGGGGAUUUAUUUUCAUUUGGAAUCAAUAGAUUGAUUACAGAAGGUGUUUACAAGGCUGCUUAUCCUCUCCAUGACGGCGAUUUUAGGGACAGAUCAUGCAUGAGAGGUCUGUUAUUUCAUGAGUGGGCAUCUGUGCAAAAAUGGAUAAAAUUCCAGCCAGUAGAUCAUGUAAAAGAUUAUUUUGGUGUAAAAUUUGGAUUAUAUUUUGCUUGGCUUGGUUUUUAUUCUCAUAUGUUGAUACCUGCUUCAAUAGUUGGUCUUAUAUGUUUCUUCUAUGGAGUCUGUACUAUGUUUUCGAAUCGCUUAAGUCAAGACAUUUGCAAUGAAAGCUUAAACAUUACAAUGUGUCCACUAUGUGACAGAACAUGUGAAUAUUGGAACCUAGCAGAGACGUGUACAUAUGCUCGCAUCACAUACUUAUUUGACAAUCCAUUUACUGUGUUCUUCGCAAUAUUUAUGUCCUUUUGGGCAACACUGUUCCUGGAACUGUGGAAACGGUACUCAGCUAGCAUAGUACAUCGCUGGGGGCUUACUGGUUUUGAUCUCCAGGCUGAGCAUCCCCGUCCAGAAUAUCUGGCACGUCUUUCUCAUGUGAAGCGCAACAAAGUGAAUGUCGUUACUGGACUGGAGGAACCCUAUGUGCCAUUCUGGAAAGUGAGAGUCCCUGCAACCAUUCUGAGCUUCUCAGUUGUUUUGCUUCUGAUUGCUUUGGCCGUUGGUGCUGUUUUUGGAGUUGUACUUUAUCGUAUGUCAGUUUUGACCUCGCUGUCACUGUAUCCAAAUAAUGAUGCCACGGGGUACAUAACUAUGUUUAUACCAGCAACAGCAGCUACAAUCAACUUGUUAUGCAUUAUGACUCUUAAUUGGUUCUACGACUGGCUAGCAGUUCGCCUCACUGAAUGGGAGCUUCUUCGUACACAGACAGAAUUUGAUGACAGCCUUACACUGAAGAUCUAUCUAUUUCAGUUUGUUAACUACUACACAUCUAUUUUCUACAUAGCAUUUCUCAAAGGAAAAUUUGUGGGUUAUCCCUCAAAAUACAACAGAAUUCUUGGUUAUAGACAAGAGGAGUGCAGUCCAGGUGGUUGUCUUAUGGAAUUGUGUAUACAGCUAGCUAUUAUAAUGGUUGGAAAGCAAGCAAUGAAUAGCAUACUGGAAAUGGUCAUACCACUGCUACAGAAAUGGUACAAUACUUUCAAACUGCUAACUGGACUUGGAAAAGAAGAUGAUGCAAAAGCUGUGAGCAGCACUCGCUGGGCCCAAGAUUAUAGGCUUUUGGACUGGGGUCCGAGAGGACUUUUUCCAGAAUAUCUGGAAAUGGUUUUACAGUAUGGAUUUGUUACAAUUUUUGUCGCGGCCUUUCCACUUGCUCCAUUCUUUGCGCUUCUCAAUAAUGUGCUCGAAAUGAGACUGGAUGCAAAGAAGUUCCUCAAAUUUUAUAGGCGUCCUGUGCCUCACAGAGUUAAAGAUAUAGGAGUAUGGUUUCGCAUACUUGAUAUAAUUGGAAGACUAGCUGUUAUGACAAAUGCAUUUAUUAUUGCAUUUUCCUCAAAUUUCAUUCCACGUUUAGUGUAUAUGUCAGUCGUCAACCCAAACCAUACAGAUGAGGGUUUCCUGAAUCAUUCGCUAGCAUAUUUCAAUACAUCAGAUUUUCCAUCAUACUAUGCACCCCGACAUCCAGAAAAUGUCACAAUGUGCAGGUACUUAGAAUAUCGCAAUCCUCCUUGGGACCGUCAUCCAUAUAAGCGGCCACCCAUUUACUGGCAUGUUCUGGCAGCAAGACUGGCAUUUAUAGUUGUUUUUCAGAAUGUUGUGGGAGUUGUGAUGGCUGCAGUGGAGUGGUGUAUACCUGACAUGUCUCGGAAACUGCGGGAUGAAAUAAGACGUGAAGCAUAUUUGACAAAUGAAAUCAUCAUUAAACAGGAGGCAAUGAGAGCUCGUGCUCGCUUGAGUCAAGUCAGUUCAGGGGAAUUCUUGGAAGCUGAGAGAAAAGGAGGAUCUGGUGAAAAUGGUAUUAGACAUCGUGAAGGCCAAUGGAACAAUCUUGUUGUUUGAGUUGCAAGUUAUUUAUUAUUUUUCUUAAUAAGGUAAAGUGCAUAAAAAUGCUAUUGUAACUUUACAGGCUUUAAGCAGUUAAUUUAUUAAAAAGAUAAGUGGCUUAUGUCAAGAGAAGCCAGCACUGUGAAUUUCUUUAUGAGUUCCUUUUUGUAUAUUUUACUCUGAGGAAGUAUAAUCACAUUCGAUUUCAUAUUUACUUCAGAUUACUAAUAGUUUUAUGUAAAUGUAUAAAACUGCUUCUAAUGUUGUGGAAUGUGAAGGUUUUCAACAAAGAUCUAUAUUCUCAUGGCUAUUUUGUAUAAAGUUGUAUUCUAAAGAACAGAGGCAGUAAACUUUUUGUGGUCACAUAUCUAUUAUUGCCAAUAUAUUUAUAUUUAUUAACAUAUUUCAGAAUUUCAUAUCUUCAUUGCAAGAAGAGGAACAGAUCUGAAAUAUAUUUUGCUACUGAAAUAGUGAAAGUUUAUGAAAAACAUGUAGCAGCUAGGUUUUUACAUGAAAAAGCAAUUUGGUAUUGCUUUUCAAGUUGUCAGUUGGUCAGUAAAGAGUCCUUUUUAUUUUAUGUUUAUGAUGGAAUUGAAUUCUGUCAUUUUUCAUACGUGGUUGAGGCAUUGUGAAGUUAAAGCUUUACAUAGUGUAUAUUGUAAAUGUGUGUUGUGGUACUGAAUGUUGGUACUUAAAUUUUUAUUGUUGAGUAAUGGAUGAACAAUUUUAUGAUGUGUUGUUUGUAAUGUGAUUUUUAUAUUCUAUUCAGUAAAUGAUAAUGAAGGGAUAGUCUAGCUUUUAUAUUUGUAUAUUUAAAUGUUACAGAUGUUUUUAGACAUUUUGUAAUUUUUUGCUAAUCCUUUAAUUAUUGAUAUAAAUACAUCACAAUUUAUAUUAUUUAUAACAAAAAAAUAAUGUAGUGUAAAAGUUUCAGUUCAAUGAAAAUGAUUCCAAAGUUGCAUUUAUAAUGUGAUUUAUGAAAAGAAGCAGAUCCUAUUGCCAAAAUACUUUGUUGUUUAUGUGAUGUAUGCUUCGUGCCUGCACUUUAAGCUUUCUCUGGUACCUGAAAUUAACGUUAGUUUGAUAUGCAUUUAAUUAAAGGAAAACAGUCUUGUCAUAGGCAUCAUAGUGCAUAUAUAUUUCAGUGAAAAUGUUAUUGUGCAGAAAGUUAUACAUAGACACACUUUUAUAUACUUUUAUUGAAAAUUAUGUUCCACUUAUUAAAAUACAGUAAUACAAUAUUUUCUGUAACUGGUAAUCUUUUUGCCAGUAUGACAACUAAUCAGAAAUUUACCAAAAGUGUUUGUAGACUGUUUGUUCUACAUGUCACAUAUAUUUAUGUUCUUCUAGGGAAUGUGUAGGGUUGUGAAUAAUUGAAUCAAUAUAUGUUAUGAACUCCACAGGAAGGUUUAAGAUGUGCUAAGCACUGUGAAAUGGGUACCCAUAUGUAUUAUUAGGGAGCAGAAAUUUGUAUGAACUACUAAUAGAUGCAGUUUUGAGAUAAUUGAAGAAAAAUAUGUAAAGUGAAGCAGCUGCAAAGCUGCACAUGGAUGCCAAACAAUAUAAAAGAGAAAUUUUUUCCAGUCGCAUUGGGGUUCAUUUUGAUCUUCAGCAAUAAUUGUCUGCAUUUCAGUAAUCUCUUAUAAAAAUCUAACAGGUACUGCUAACUCUAGCUUUACCUUUAAUAAGUGGAACCUGACUUCCACCCUGUCAGUUAAGAGAGUUUCAAAUUUUAAGAGUGCUGGUCAUUAUUAUUCUUAUCUACUGUCACAGCUACAUAGUACAUACUGUCCUGUGCCCCUCUGUCUGAGAUUAAGGUUUUUGUUUCUUAUGUGAACACAUACUGUGCCAUUAAUAGCUUCAUAAGCCUCAUUUCAGACUUUACACCCAUGUAAUUCUGAACGAACAACUCAUUAUUUGUUACAUGAAUUCAACAAUGAGCUCUUUUUGCUAUGUUCCUGUACAUUAUAAAAAAGGAGGGACAAAAUAUCUAGUUACAGAACCAGUGACAGCUCAUCUGUUUAGCCAUUUACACCACAACUGCUUACAACAAUUCAUCUCUGGAGAUCUGCUAAAGCCUGUGUACCAUGACACAUAGUAAUACCCACUUCUUAAUGGCAUGUGAAGUCACCUUAGGAGAGGUUUGAAUAAUUUUCUUUUUUACUAUACUGGCAUUUAAAAAAUGUUACAUUCUAGCUAUUCUAGAAUUAUGAUUACUUUGUUAGUUCCUUGUUUUUCUUCUUUUUAAUUACUGUGCCUCCAUCUUGCCAAAUGUAUUAACCUCUAUUUCAUCUGUGCCUUUUAGUUGCAAAUGUCAAAACGUUUUCAUGACUAAGAAAUGCUAGUUUAAAAUGUGACAUUUAAACUGUUAAGACUUUUGAAUAAAGAUGAGUAGAAAUGUUGUAAAUUCAAUCAAAAUUUAGAUUUUUGUAAUAAAAAUAUUUACCUAACAAUUUGGAGUCAAAUGCUUCAGUUGUAUGUUAUUCUGGUCUACAUGAAAAUAUUGCCAGUGUUUCCCAGGUGACCGUACACAGCAAAUGUUAUACAAAUCAUAAAGUUGAGGUGUAUUUUCUGGCCAAUAAUUAUCUUGAGGAGCCGAAAUUUAAUUAAUGCUUACAGUCACACAUGUACACUACACAGCCUUUUAGAACCAAUAGUUUCUCCGUUGGGUCAUAGAGAAGGAAAUGUUCAGGAUAACUAAGAGAGAGGGCAGGUUACUCAGACCCCAGAAUGAGAGGACUGCUGUUGUGAGGAUGGGGGGAAAAAUAUAAAGGUCUUAAAUUGAAUAGGAUGUCCAUCACAGUCUAUGAAAUACAGCAAUGUGUGUAUUAUAAGCAAAAUUCAAUUGAAUACAAAGAUAGCUGAUCCAAAAAGAGUUUGAAUUAAAUUAUAUUAUUUGAUAAUGACUUUGCUGAAGACAUAAUCACACUCGGAGCUAGACCCUAUCAUCUAGUGUUUUCAAUAGAAGAAAAAAGUCAAUGAAAUUUGCUGAAACCAACGAGAAGGAAAACAUCAUGAAAAUGUUAUGUCAGAAGAGACAUACAAAAAAGUAAUGAAAGAGAGAAUCUACAAGGUUUGAAUGCUUCUUUUAAAAACAAGUGUUUCCCUCUUUCUUUUUUGUUGUCUGUCUGGUUUAGUGCUGUAUGUUAUGAUGCUACACUACUCAUCACCUGUCAUUGAAUGUUAAACAAUUGGAUGAAAAUUUCAAAAUUGUUCACAAACAAAAUUAAAUAACGUAUCAAUUGUUGUUCUGAAUUAUGAAAUUAUGUUGUUUGUGAUUCUUUCCCUCAUCAGUAAAAUCUUCCACUAAUGUGUUCAGUGUAGAGUGUGUAGUUGUGUUUUGUACACAGUAUAUAGUUAACGUAGUUUGUAAUAAGUGUGUUGAUUCUCCUUCGAUUUACUCUAAUAACAGUUCUAUUUUAAAUGCUGAUAGACAGUUGAGAAAACUCCCAUCAUUAGUUUCAUUAAUUGACUCAAGUGAUGGUCAGCUCUGAUUUACAUUUUGAUCAAUUCAGUCUAAAGAAGAUUAAUGAUUGAUGAUAAAUAACGAAUUUCAUUGGGAUGUGCUUGUGAUUUAUCUUCUAAUACACACACUGCAUUCUCUCAAAUUUUCCAGAGAAGUGAAUAGGCAGGCCAUCAAGAAAUGCAUAUCUGUAAUGACAAAGCUACAGUGAAGGAAAACACCAUAUUUCCAUCUACAGUCUUCUGCUGUUUACUUUCUAUUCAGAAGUAGGAUAAGACUAUAUUCAUAGUAUGAAAGCUUUCACGACCGGAAGGUUUACCAGAAGACUAUAUUCAGUCAUUUCUUUGCUGGUGAUCUAUAUUUUUAUAGUAUUUCAGUGGCAUAUAUUUGUUGUCAACUAAAUAUUUAAUUGUUGUUUGAUGUGCUGAAUUCAUGAUGAUUUAAAAAAUGUUAGUGAAGUUAAUGGGCAGAUUAGUAUUCAUGUAAAUCCUCUUAGUAUAGCACAGUUCCAAAUUCUAAUGUGUGCUUACUAUUCAUUGAUAGCCAUACAUUAAAGUGUCUUGGCUAUGUCAAACUAGCCAAUAUACAGAUGAUUGUGUUUUAAAAGUAAUUAAAUGGAAAUGUUUAAUUCUGACUUCAUCAUCAUACUGUUGUUGGCCUCAAUUAAAAAUCAGGUAAAUGGAUGGGCAAUUUUUACGUCAUGUUGAAUUUGAUUGUCUGUCUAGCGUUGCAGACAAAGUAUAAUUCCAGAUUGAGUCGCAAAAUAUACAAAAAAUGUCGGCCUUGAAUGACCAGCUAAGAUCUAGCAAGUUUUCUCAAAUGGUAGAUAGGUUGUAUGCCACUCACCAAGUGAGAGAGAGGUUGACUUUCCUUAUUUUCAUUUAUUGUGUCACCCUGCAAAUUUUAUCAUCAUAAUUGCCAGAAGUGCAUAAAAUAUCUUAACACUUUAUCUAAGUUGUGUUUGUUGUAUGCAAUGCUAAGAGACAUCCCAGAUGCUGACAGAAACUGUGCUGAGUAUGGAAAUUAAAAGUGUAGCAUAAAUAACAAUCAAAUUUUAUUAAGACAUAAAAUGCUUUGAGUAGAUAAUCUCCUCAAAGUCAGUGUAAAAUAGAGUGCAACUGUGUAAGAGCCUCUGCCACUCAUGUAAUCUGAAAACAUCAAGUGUUACCAACAAUUUGAUCACUGGUGCAUUCUUGAUGUGUGAAGAGUUUUUUUAUUGCUUUAUAAUGAUGUGUGUUACACCUUUUUACAGCUUUGACAACUGUUUGUCUUGUCUUUUUAAUGUAAUAAGUUUUUUUAGUAACUGAGUCAUUAGAAGACUGUAUUCAUAUUCCUGCAACAUUCCAUUUGAUGCUUAACCCUCUCACUGCUAUCGGCGUGUAUACAUGUUCUGUAAUGCUGUUACCCAGGUGCAACACUUAGGUUUUUCCUACAGUGCUAUGGAGGUCUGCAUACAUCCUGAUCCGCAAACCUCUCACUACUGCGGAAGAGUUUCUUCCAUAUUUCAGUGAUUACAAAAGUUUGAGUAUUUGUCAUACAACAUAUUUGCCUCAUUGCAUGCUAUCAUUUGGAAAAAAAAAAAAAAAAAAAAAAAAAAAAAAAACAACAACAACACUUUGUUUUGAUAUCGUGAAUCAUUUGAGAUAUGACAAUUGUUAUGGCCACAUGUUCACGAAUGGGUGCAUCAGGUGCAGCAAAUCUUUGUGUGUAAAAUCGAGUAAUUUGAGAAUUAAAUGAGAUAUCAUUAUGCUCUCAGUUUUAAAUGAAAGCUUGAUAUCUUACCUACAUGUUAUUCACCGCAUUGUAUGAGGUAAAAGAAAGCAUAUACAAAGUUUACACAGUGUGUUUCACCUUUGCAAACUCUUUAAAAGUUUGUGCAGUGUUUAAUUUAAUUUGAAGUAGUGCAGUAAGUUUGAUGGAAACACAAGAAAUUCAGUCACUUCUUAAAGUGAAGAUAUCAGACUGUAAGAUGCGCAAAAAUCAAUUUUUUUCUCCCAAUAAUUUUUGAAAAAUUUGAUCAUGUGUAUUUCAUAAUGGCUGGAAUGCUCUCUCUCAGCACAGGUGCCAGCAGUUGGUGCACAGCACAGCCAUGACAGAAGCUUGCUCAACACAGAAUGUAGAGAGCACAUCAUGGCAGUGAAAGGGUCAAAAAGCAUUUAAAAACUCAGGGACAGGAUGUUUACUUAAAAUCACUACAAAUUUUGGUUUUGUCCCUUUUAUUUUGGCCCUUUAUGUAUAUCAGUGUAAUGUACAGAAUAACAACUCAUUCAAAGAUUCUACCAAGAUGCUUGAUAUUUUAAUAGUUUAAUCCAAAUUUAUGUAAAAUCAAACUUCUUUCCGCAUAGCAAUAAAGUCUUUCAAUGAUUCUCUA